CCUGGGACCAGCUUGGUUCCAAAUACUAAGGCCCCCGGGACCCUUCGGUGUGGCUGUCGCAUCAGAUUUGGGGAAGUUAGGCAGCCGAUCCCCCAUCUCGCCUCUCCCUGCGAGAAGCCCAUGAGACACAGGCCCAAGAGGACCAGAUGGCGGUCUAUCCGGAGAGCUGCGUGGACGCCGCGGUGCUGGGCUUCGUCGCAGACCUGUCCCUCUCCUCCCCGGGGCACCCCCUCCUCUGCGACUUUGCGUCCGGGCUCCCCUUUGGGGACCGGGGCCUUGCGCUCCAGGAGGGACGACAACCCAGGAGCCUGGCGCCCUUUGAGGAGGAGGAUCCAGAAGAAGAGGAGGAGGAAGGGGAAGGAGAGGAGGGGGAGGAAGGAGAAGAGGAGCCCGGGAGGGGCGCCUCCCUGCCAGGCCGCCCCCGGAGGAAGAGGGUGAUCACCCACGCCCAGCGCCAGGCCGCCAACGUCCGCGAGAGGAAGCGCAUGUUCAACCUCAACGAGGCUUUCGACCGGCUGCGGAGGAAGGUGCCCACGUUCGCCUACGAGAAGAGGCUGUCCCGCAUCGAGACCCUCCGCCUGGCCAUCGUGUACAUCUCCUUCAUGACGGAGCUCCUGCAGAGCUGCAAGGAGAAGGAGGCCCGCUGAGCCGC